AUUUUUUUUUUAUUUUUUUAUUUUUAAAGUUAUACAAUUAUAUGAGAUUUAUUGUUUGAACAAGAUGCAUAUGUGUUACAUAUAAUGUAUAUUACAUAUGUAUAUAUGUAUAUAUACAUUUGACAUUUAAAAGAAAAGAUAUUGUAAUAUAAAAAGAAGACAAUAAUUUCCGAAGAACGAUUAAUUAUCUUAUCAAAUGAUAUGUGUAAGUUAUGAUGAAAAUUACAUGACAUAAUAGAUGAAAUGUUAUAAAAAAGGCAAUUGUCAAAGAGAGAGAAAGAGAGGAACAAGAAAAAGGAUUGAUAAAUUUGUGCAGUGAGUUAUAUAUUAUAUUUAAAAUGCCAAGUUCGUAUUUGUAUGCUAUUAACAAUGAAGGGCGUGUAUUUGGACUGUCGACAUCUGGGAAUAUGUGGCGUGAAUUUAUGUAUCUUGGACUUGAAUUUAAACAGUUAUCGUCUGUGCCACAUUUUAUGUGGGCAAUUGGGGGUGAUCGACAAGUUUAUGUUCAUGUUCAUGGUUUAGAUGUACCAAUCAGAAUUAAAGAGGAAACUUAUGAGAAUGAGCGGUGGUUGCCUUUGGAAGGUUUUUCCGGAAGAUUACUUCCAACUGACAGAUAUAAUUUUUCAAAUCAAGAUGGUACGGUUGAUCGUAGCAGAGACAAAGUAAAGUUGCCAUCAAUGGCAUGGCAGUGGGAAGGUGAUUGGCAGAUAGAAACAACAUUAGAUGGCCAACCAUUAGAUCAUGAUGGAUGGACAUACGCAAUUGAUUUUCCAGCUACAUAUACUACGAAAAAGCAGUGGAAGUCCUGUGUUAGAAGACGCAAAUGGGUUCGUUAUCGGAGAUAUAGCGCUAUGAAUUCAUGGUGCGCUAUUGCACCUCUUCAUAAAGAUCCAACCAAGGAACCUUUUAUCGAUGUAGCCGUAGGUGGAAAUCAAAUGCCUGGAGGUAGCUCUGGAAGUUUAGUGGUCUGGGCGGUAACCGCUCACGGGAGGGUGAUGUUCCGGGUUGGAACUAGUACAACUUGUCCCGAAGGACAAAGAUGGAGCUGCAUUAAAUUGGCAAAUGGCUAUGAAGUUUGUCAAAUUAGUGUUGGAGUGACUGGUCUUGUUUGGGCUGUACUUACAGUGGGCAAAGCAUUGGUUCGCACAGGCGUUACGAGAGACAACCCAAUGGGUGAGGAUUGGUCAGAAGUGGAACCACCUCAAAAGGAUUUGAGAUUGGUACAAAUUAGCGUAGGUACUGAUGCUGUAUGGGCUGUAACGCAUGAUGGUGGAGUAUGGUUUCGAAAAGGUGUUCAAGGCGAAAUAAGUGGCGUUUGUGAACAAUUAGCUACUGGUACUGGUUGGGUUGAAAUGUUAAGCAAAAUGGCACUAGUAUCUGUCGCUCCAAAUGAUCAAGUUUGGGCUAUUGGCUAUGAUGAUCGAUGUUUGUAUUAUCGCACUGGUAUUGCUCGCUCCGAAUUAACGGGAAAACGAUGGAAAUUAAUAAACGCGCCGCUUCAAUUGAGUAGAGCAAGUAGUAAUGCAAGUUUAUCAUCUAGCAAUAGACAUAGUACUUGUGGCACACCACAACAGCAACGUCAUCAGAGCUGGAGUUCCUUGAAUCGACCUCAUAGUACUGGUGAAGGUACAAUGUUAAUCAAAGAAUGGGAAGAACAAUCACGUUCGGCACCAACACCCACGUCUUUAAAAUUAUGGCAACGUACCGGGGACGGCAUAUCCGCAAAAAAUAUUCAACAAACAUCUUUUCAAGAUAUAUAUUUAAAUGAAGAGAGGAAGAGGUCUGCAAGUUCUAUAGACUCGGGUGAUUUAAAUGAAGCAAGUGUUGCUAGUAUAACUAUAUCUAACGAAUCUUUAGCAAAAAGUGGAGAAUCAAUAAUCGUCUCAGGAAAAGGAAUGAGCAGUACUGUUAAGAUUAAUCCUGCUGCUUGGAGUCCCGUACAUUCCGUCGGUUCUAUGGUGGGUGUUGAAGCACAUCCAGAAACAGAUGGAAGUGUAUUUGAUCCAGAUUUAACUGGAGAUUCUGGCGUGUAUGGUGAGGAUGAAAGUACAGGCAUAAUAUAUUGGACUGAGUGUGAUGUGUUGUGGUACAAGGUGGAAGCUGGGGCAUGCUUUGUCGAUCCGAUAAAUCCACCAAAAUGGAUCGCAGAUGGUAAUGGUACAAUGCAAGGGGAAACUGGAGAAUUAUGGAGAAUAUACAUUUUAGAUGAAUUAAAGAUGAGAUUGAAAAAAAUGCCAUUUGAUUCUUCAAUCACAUAUGAAAAAGCAGUUGAAAAAUUAUCUUGGGUGAAGAGUGGCAAUGCUAAAUGUAAAAUUAAAAAUGGCAGCUUAUAUGAAGAUUGCAAGAUUGAACUGGAAUGGAUAAGUAGUGACACUGGAUCAUUAGAUUCUGGAACCUUGAUAAUAUUAAAUUCGGACGGCAUAACAAGCAUAAUACAAUUUCCUGUUUCGGAAAUUACGUGUGUUGUUUGCUGUAGUGAACCCGGUAAUCCGAGAAUAGCAAUUUAUACUCCUAAAUUAAGUCGUUCAAAAGUAAUUAGAUUGCAAUUUGCAAGUGAUACGGAAAUGGAAGACUGGUUGGCGCAUUUAACUUCAGUAUCUUGCCAAAUGAAUAAUGUAUAUGGUAAACCUGGUCCAAAUUCUAUUUGGAGCACAACUGCGUUAGGUGACGUGUAUGUAUUUGAUCCCGCGAUUGCAGAGGAAUGUCAAUUAUCUGAAGAUGGAUAUAUACAAGAAAUGGAUGUAGCUGGUAAAGACAUACCAUUUGAAAGUAUAUUACAAAAUGGUUUUGGUCAUGGCAGUACCCUAAAAAUUACAGUAUGCGUUCAUGAUGAUGCUGACAGAUUGUCUUUUAAUCUCGUCUGUUAUACCACAACAUUUGUAAAGCAAAAGACUGUAAUGGAGAGUCAUGAUGUAGCUUUGCAUUUUAAUCCAAGACUCAAAGAAAAUAUUAUCGUACGAAAUACAUAUCAAAAUGGUCAAUGGGGAGAUGAGGAAAGAAAUGGAGGUAGUCCAUUAAAAGCGGGUUGUGAUUUCACGUUAAACAUAGUUUGUGAAGAACGCGGUUAUAAAAUCUAUAUUAAUGGUAGCGAAUAUAUCUUUUAUAGUCAUCGAAUAAACCCGCAAAGUAUUACACAUUUACGUAUUAAAGGACUGCUGACUUUAAGUAGUAUUACAUAUAAGUCCACAUUUGUAAUUAUUGAACCUAGCACGAUGUUUUGGAGACAAAUUGGUGGACAUUUAAAAAAAGUUGAGACAUGUUCUGUAGGCGUCACUUGGGGCAUCGGCUACGAUAGUACCGCUUGGGUAUAUACAAGUGGUUGGGGAGGUUCGUUUCUAAAAGGCCUAGGAACUAGCAAUACUGGAAUAAAUACAAUGGUAGAUACCCACAAUUAUUACGUAUACGAAAAUCAACGUUGGAAUCCAGUAACUGGAUAUACCGCGCAUGGACUUCCAACAGAUCGUUACAUGUGGAGUGAUGCAACUGGACGGCACAAAUGUACGCGAGAGCAUACAAAGUUAUUAUCAAUGCACUGGCAUUGGAUAUCAGAUUGGAUUGUCGACUUUCACACACCCGGCGGUGUUGAUAGAGAUGGAUGGCAAUACGCUACUGAUUUCCCGUCACAAUAUCACGGUAAGAAACAAUUUACCGAUUACGUUCGAAGAAGACGUUGGUUUAGAAGAUGUCAACUAACAACCAGCGGACCUUGGCAAGAACUAGGAAAUACUAAACUCGUUGAUGUCUCUUUAUAUGCGACUGGAAAACCUGGCACAGACGCUCCUAUCCAUGUCUGGGCAGUUGCCACAAAUGGUGAGGCUUUAUUCAGGAGAGGCGUUUCGGAAUCUUGUCCAAUGGGAGUAUCAUGGGAACAUAUACCAAGCGACCAGCCUUUAAUUAAUAUAUCGUGCGGUCCAUGUGGACAAGUAUGGGCUGUUGGCAAAAAUGGUUCUUCCUGUUGGAGACUAGGCAUUAGUGCUGCAAAACCAACUGGUAUGCAAUGGCAAACUGUCGAACCUCCUUCAGGAGCUCAAUUAAAGCAAAUUUCAGUAGGAUAUAAUGUAGUAUGGGCUCUAGAUACGAUUGGUAGAUUAUCAGUGCGCCGGGAGAUACAAUCUAAUGUUUUCCCUGAAGGAACUCAUUGGCAAACAUUACCCGCUAUGCCAAACGAUCCAAUUCAUAUAGAUAUGUCGGUAUUAAAUGCUAAGCAAGGAUUUCGACACGUAUCCAUUUCGAGGGAACAGGGACAAGUUUGGGCAAUUUCAGGAGCUGGUAUUAUUUGUCGAAGAAUUGGUGUUACUGAUGAAAAUCCAGCUGGAACCGGAUGGGUAACUGGUAUAGGGGCAAACUGGCAAAGUAUAAGUCUCGGAGGACUUAUAAAUAAAACAAAGUGAUAUCUGCGCUAACUUUACAAUAUACUGUAGUAAUAUAAAGCAUAAUAAUUUUAUAAUUGCCUUGUAAAAUGUGUAUGUAUACACGUACAUUAUGCAGAAAUGUCUCUAUGCCAAUUUUUAGGUGGUAAUUAUAUCUAUAGGAUGACUUAUAUGUACUAUGUAUUAUAUUAUAUACUUGACACUGAUCACAUUAGAAAUUUGUCUGAAUAUAA